GCCUCAUCAGUGUUGGACCGCGAGUCGCAGAGUUCGGCUUCCUCGACCGGACCCGGAGCGCCAUCACUUUUCUCCACCGAGGAGCUAGAGUGACCCCGUCGGCUUUCGUACUCGAUCACGCUCCCACUGGAUUAGUGUUGUGAUAGUGACAGUGAAAGAGUGCCGUAUCGGAUUCGUGUCGCAAGUUCCUGGCAGUUGCAACACUAUGGGAUAACCGAGAGCUGGAUGCCGUGAGCCGCCGCAGCAGCAGAGAUUCCAAGCCAGGAUUCCUCGUCGGUUGCGACAAUGCCUUAUUUCUCUGACUACUCGGUCCACAGUUACUCGCCACCCUUCUCCCCGCCGCCGUACUCGCCGACCUUCGGCCGGAACUUCGGGUACUCGUCCGGAUACUCGCCAACGAAUGCGCUAUCGUCGUCGAGUAGCAGUUCGGGAGGCCGGAGUUUGGGGCGACCGUACUUCCCGUUGUUGUCGUCCAUAUCCGAGACCGUCUCGCCGGUGUACCGCGAGCUAUCGCGCGUACUCCCCAAGCCCCAUUUCCAGUUGCAGCGACCUCACUUCCGGGAUACCGAGAGCAUCAAUGUCUCUCCUUCCCGGACGCGCCCUGCCAAGGCCGGAAGUCCCGUCUUCGGCAAGAUCCACCGCGGCCGCACCGUCGUCCGCAUCCAGACGCUCCGCAAGAAAGAAAGCCCGAAAUCCCGACGGAAAACGCCCGGGGAGCGGCUCGUCGAGAAGUUCUUGAUCAGAAACAAGGCCGACGAGAAAGAGACGACGACCGCCGCGGAUAAAGAAGCGAAACGAGGAAGCGGCUCGAUCAAACGAUACUUCUCGACCAAGAGACCCAGCAUCCCUUCCGAGGUGGAGCCGAUCCCGGAACAAGUCGUUUUCCGGAAGCCCUCCGUCAGCGAGGAUAUCUUGCGCGAGGAGGAGGCCUGGUUCGACAACCUCAUCUUGGAGGAGAUGAAGAGCAACGAGUAUCCCAAGUGUCGGCGGAGCAGCAGCGGAGAUGUCCAGGUGGAGAAACCCGAGGAGAAUUUGAUCCGCUCGGCGACGGCCAGGCGCAGAUCCGAGCCGAAAUUAUUCCUCUCAAGGAAGAAGUUUUAUAUCCGGCUCCCGGCUUCGGGUGACGGCCCGGCGGAGGAUCUGUCCUUGGAGCACCUCAAAGAGAGCAAGAAGAGGUUCGCUACCCGGAGCAAGCCCAAGGAAAUAGCACUCCCGACGGUGCUCGAGCAGAGCGUUGAGCUCAGUCCCAAACAGUCGAGUCUUGAUAGCGAGCCGACACCGCCUAUCAACGAGGGGAAAAAACCUAAAUUGGCAUUUUCAGUCGAAAUAGAGGAGUCCUUGAAGUCGCCAGCGCGAAAGGCACCGAAAUUGAUCGAUUAUCAAGUGACGGUGACUACCAAUGAUGACUACGAGUCGGCGAGCAAACUGAGUGAUAACUCGGCACAAAAUAAGACUGAAAACGUGUUUUCUGAUAAAGAUAGCAAUGCCAGUGGAAACAUUGAUCUCAGCACUAAUAAAAAGCCUGUGAAACGGAAGAAAAAAGACUUAUCGAGUAAAAAUGCACAGUUGAAGCCGCUUAUCAUUAAUGGCGGGAAUAGUUGUCUGUCUCCAAUAUUUCAAGCAGAUACGAUUGCCCCUGGAGAGGAUUCGAAGGCGAAAGUUGAAGCUUCCUUCGAGGUCAGGAAUUUUGACUCAGGCAAGGAAAAUGCUCGGUUACAAGACGUCAGUCUCAAAUCAAAUGAUAAGAAUAGUAAGGCUAAACAAAUAUUCAACAAAGUAGUUGAAACCUUAGGAUCUACAGUUUCUCCGCAAGGAGUAUCAGGAAAACCUGCAUUGAAAGUAGGUAAAAUGGAGAACACCGUCACAAAUAAAAAGUGCAAACAAGAAACAGAUCCGUUUAAUUCCCGUACAACCUCUCAAUCUGCGGUUGAUAUUUCAAUCACUAAAGAUAAGCCUCUUGAAAAAUCAUCGGAGGUGCAGAAGAAAGAGAAGGUAAUGACAGAAAAUUUAGCUGCGCCAUGCGUCGAAAACGUAAAUUUGCAUAAAACCAUGACUAAUAGAACGUCUGAGCAGUCUAAACCUGUGCAAAACCAAACAAAUGAUAAAGCCUGGAAAUUCAAGGCACUGGACAUUAAAAAGCAAACACCCGAGAUCUCAAGGAUAGAAAAUGAUGGAGGGAUCAUUCAAACAAAUUAUAUUGAUUCUAAAAUACAUCUAAAGCCAGAAAAACAAAAUAUUGACUUCAAAGAAUCGGAACAGAAGUUAGAGAAACUGAAGGAUUCUGAAAACUCCCCAACUUCACAAACAAAAUCUUUAGAUGGUUUAAAAAAUCCACAGUGCUUGAAAAAAAUCGAAUUGCCUGAUAAUAAAAAGGUAAAAGUCGAUGUAGUGAAAAACAAUGAAGGUACUAAAGUAAAAGGUGUGCAGAUUACCCAGAAAGACACUGUGAUAUGCGAAACUUCAAACCAUGAAAGUAUGCCCGUGGAAGCUGUUACCGUUAAAGUAUCUGAAGAAAUCAAAUCAUGUAAAACCCAACCAAAGAAGAUUAACCCUUCGAAUGAAAUUUCGACCAAUGAAAAGGAUGAUAGAAAAAAAGCGAACGAUAAACAUCCGUAUGUUAGCAAUCAAACGGUUUGUAAAAAUCAAUUAAGCUCGCGAGAAGAAAAAGUGGAAAAUAAUUGUCCCGCCGAAAUUAGCGUUUCGAAGAUAAAAGAACCUGACAAGAAAAACCAUGGGCUUGCCAAGAGAAUUUCUGCAGUUAAAAAUAAUGACAAGACGACUUUAAAAAACGAAACGUCCGUGGAUGAGACUAAAAUAACCAACGACUCAAAAAGCGAUACACCUGUGAUACAAACAAGUGAGUUAUUUGAUAGCUCAGCUUCAAUAAAACCAGAAGCGAAGGGCAAGCUUAGAGCAGAGAAAUCGUCUGCUUUAAUAAACGUCCCACCAAUCAUCUCUGAAAAAACGAAUAAAAAGUCCCCUGCAAGAGCUAAAAAGGCAAAAAAUGUUGAGCAGCCAUCUCGAGUCGUUGAAGUGGUGGAAAAACCCUCGAAAAGUACUUGUGCACCUGUGAUACAAACUAGUGAACCACUUGAUAGCUCAUGUAUGAUAAAGCCAAAACCAGGAGACACGCAAGGAGUAGAAAAGUCAGCUGAUGUAAUAAACAUUUCGCCAAUCAUCACCAAAAAAACCAAUAAGAAGUCACCUGCAAAGGAUGAAAAGGCAAACAAUGUAGUAGAAAUCUCAUCCCAAAACGAAAGAGAGGUAAAAGAGGUCUCGAAAAAUAAUGAUGAAGUAGUGCAAGUGAAGGAAUCUAAAAAAGAAGUGAAAGGUGGAGAAAUUUGCUCGAAAAGUGGCGUUACGAAAGGCGCCGAUUCGCGAUGUGUAGAGCCGACUUCAGAAAGUUCUGACGAUAAGAGUCGCGCUGAAACGGGAAGUGAGAGUGACAAGAAUUCUUCGUCGCCGCAAGAAGAGGAAGUCAAAGAGGAUGGAGAAUGUUCAGGUGACGAAAGCGAUGACGAGUCCAGUUCCUGCUCUUCGGAGUCCUCCAAUGAUCAAGGUGAAGUGAAACAGCGCACCGGUAAUCGAAAGAGUACAUCAUCUGAAGACUCAGGGUUUGAAUCCCAUCCACCAAGUAGCCCAGCGGGAACAUUUCUAGGCCAGGGUACCAAUAUAGAUUGCGAUGUGAAUUGCCACAAGAAAUGUGAGAAGUUGAUGCCAAACCUAUGUGGAGUUAAUCAAAAACUAAUUGUAGAAGCUCUUGCGUCACUUAAAAAAGAGCCCCGAGAGUCUGGAUCGCCGACGCGGCACCUGAGCAACGCGACCCUGUGUCUGGACUCGGACGGCGGGGGCGUGGGAGGCGGCGACGGGAGCACCGGGAGCAGCAGCAGCAGCAGCCGCUCCCACUCCCACUUCGCGGCCCGCACCCACCGCCCGGGACGCGUCACGCCGCCCGCCACCACCAUACCUCGCUUCCGCAAGUACACCAUCGAUGAUUUCAACUUCCUCAAACUCCUCGGCAGGGGUAGCUUUGGCAAGGUACUGCUGGCAGAAUUGAAAGGUACAACGUAUUACUAUGCUGUAAAAUGUUUAAAGAAAGACGUAGUUUUAGAGGAUGAUGAUGUGGAGUGCACGCUGAUUGAGAGAAAAGUCCUCACACUUGGAACUAAGCACCCCUAUCUAUGUCAUUUAUUCUGCACGUUUCAAACAGAUUCGCACCUAUUUUUUGUGAUGGAAUAUUUAAAUGGCGGAGAUCUCAUGUUCCACAUUCAACAACAAGGGUGCUUUGAUGAGGGACGUGCCCGAUUUUAUGCUGCGGAAAUCACUUCUGGGCUCAAAUUCUUACAUAAAAAAGGCAUAGUUUAUAGGGAUUUAAAAUUGGAUAACGUGCUAUUAGAUUUCGAUGGACACGUGCGAAUAGCAGACUUCGGAAUGUGCAAGCUCCAAAUAUACCUCGAUAGAACGGCUGAUACUUUCUGCGGAACUCCCGACUACAUGGCUCCAGAGAUUAUAAAGGGACUGAAAUACAAUUGGUGCGUGGACUGGUGGUCUUUUGGUAUUCUACUGUACGAGAUGCUGAUCGGUCAGUCUCCUUUCAGUGGAUGUGAUGAAGAUGAUCUUUUUUGGUCCAUAUGCAACGAGCAGCCGACCUACCCGCGGUAUUUAUCCGUGGAAGCAAAGAAAAUUCUUCAAGAGCUCCUUGAAAAAGAUGCAACCAAGCGAUUAGGGUCGGUCGAGACAAACUCUUUGGGAGAAAUUACAGAACACGUAUUUUUCCGAGGUCUUGAUUGGAACAAACUUGAGAGACGUGAACUUACGCCUCCUUAUAAACCACGAGUGACCCAUCCUCUAGAUGUGCACUAUUUUGAGAAGGCGUUCACACGAGAGAGGCCGAAGCUCACCCCGAUUGACCGCGCAAUCUUACAAUCUAUGGAUCAAACUCAGUUCCAAGGAUUUAGUUACACAAAUCCAAAUGCCACGACAGACGGUUGAAACCCGCUACGUCAUGAAUUCGACAAUUUCCUUCAAAGAGCAACACGACCGUGAUUGCUCAUCGAUUCAAGAAGAUAUUUUUGCUAGGUGCAGCUGAGUUUUAUUUUCAAGACGGUACAGCUCAAAACUAAAACGAAAAUGUCUUUUCUACAGAUAUUUGUGGACAACUUAUAACGUUGAUGUAGCUGGCUGGUUUCACCACGUAAAAAUUGGUUAAAAUUAAUUUUUGUUUUGGCAAGUUCUGUUUCACAAAAGUGGAUUUCGGACACAUGCAGGUGAGACUUUUCCCAUUCCAAGGACCAAUUUUGAGUGAGAGAACUUCUCAGUAUUAAUUCAGUAUAGCAUGCUCUCCGAUUUCAACAUAUGUGUAAAAUUGAGUAACUGUGUUUCUUCGAUUGCAACGUCGUAAAUCACAUUUGAUUUUUUUGUCACACAUUGACUUAUAUUUGAGGCGUGUCCUAGGAUCCGAUAAACAUAGCAAAAAUAAGCAUUAUUUAAAAUUACAAUUCCUACUGGGGUGUAUACUUCUUAAUGUAUUUCAAUUGAAGUUUGCUGCUCUACAUCAUGUUUGAUCGACUAUUAUCUGACCGUAACAUGCAUUAUUUUUGUAAAAUCGAUGAUAAUAUCUGAAAUAUAGAUUUAAACCGAGUCUUGUAACUCGUGAAAGAAUGGAGAGCAUGCAAUUUUCCCGACAGGCGCCAUCUCUACUAAAAAUUAAUACUAAAACAAAUCCGUCCAAUUAUUCAAAUAAUAUAAUUACCAUACUUCAUAUUAUACUUGGGAAUACCUACAAACAUAAUUUGUCGCUGAAGUAGAUGACAACGAAAAUUAAUUCGCAAUAAUUUUAAAAUAUGAAGUAUUUUUCUUGGCUCACAGGAAUCUUUUCAUCUUCUUCCACUUCGAUAACGUUUUUGGAUUUUAUCUCAUGUCUUUUUGAAAUGCUUUUCUCCCCGUUUUAUUUAUUGCGCAAGGACUGUAACCAAAAGCGAACCAUUCGCGUUAGGUCAAACACAUCGACAAAUAUCGAUGAGAAAACUGCGAAAACGUGUAACUCGGUUUGUAACACUGCAGAAUUCCUAGUAUGAUUUAUUUUCGAUGUUUAAAAUUACUCGAAGUCAUUGGUUAAAAACUGUCUUGAUUUUUCCUCCCUUUGUGAAAAUGUCAAAGAAAAGUAGUGUAAGUUUGUCCUCCUUCAAUAAAAUGCUCUGGGAGCGGAGAUUUUAAGACAUCGCAGACGAUUAACACGUUUUUGCAAUUUCACCAUCGAUGUGUCCGGGAGUCAGCAGUUGCCACUAAAUGCGAAUGUAAUGACAUGCUUUAACAAAGAGACACGGGAAAAUAUGUAUGAGCCUCCACGACUUGAAAAGCACACGUUCGUUUGAGAUUUCUGCUCAACCUCAAGCAAGAACUUCAUAAUUGAAUCCGUUUUAUUGAUAAAUGACCGAGCAUACCUCAUCCAAAUAUUUAAAGUUAAUUUGUAACUACACCUGCAUUCAUCUUCGCUGAAUCAACAAAUUUUGUAAUCCUGAUAAAAUGAUCAGAGCAACUACUCGGGCAAAAUAGUAAUAUGCGAUGCCAAAUGUUUUUAAAUUGUUUUCUUUUCUUCUUUUUCUUUUCUAUUGCGAUUUCUUUUGAUUUUAUCCAUGUUGAAUUAUUCUAAUUAAGAGAAAAAAAGUCAUAUUUUUGAUACCGUAAAACUCAAGUCACUAAUUCUACAUUAAGUCAUAAUUAUUUUUUUCAUUUUAUUUGAAAAUUAUUAAUUUAAGGGGAGUUAAACAAAUGAACUACUGAUAAUUAAAUUUGUAGAGGAGUAUCACUUAUGGAUAUUUUUCUAUUUAGGAGGGUCAUCUUGAAACUAUGAUGGAUCUUAUAUGAUGUCACCCAGUGGCACAAAACCCACAAUGUAGGCACAGUCGGGUGACGAAUGUACCCAAAAGUAAGUUCUGAACUAUUUUAAUAAGAGGAGCAAAAAACCUGAACUCGCAGGCAUAAUCUCACUUUUUUGAUGCAGUAUACUUUUUGAAGUUUGUUACCAGAUUGCAGAGUUAUUUAGCUUUUUUGCGCCCACUUUCUCUUAAACCGUUAGUACGGGCUCGUAUAACAAAUGAAACACAAAUGCAUUGUUGGAGAUAUUUUAAAAUGCGCAUUUUUAUUUUUCAAUAUAGUUUUCUCCUUUUUCAAAGCACUUUCCAAAGCAUGACACUAUAGUUUCUUUAGUAAUCCAGAAUCAAAUUUCAAAGACUGUUAGAGAACUGAGAGUAUUGCUCAUGAAACUCUAACGAUAUUUUUCCUUAACCUUUUUUCCUAUUUCAGAAUGCUCUCUUUAUCACAGUUUUUGAAAUACUGAAUAGUGAGGCUUACUUUUGGGCAUAUUCUCACGAGUGUUGCUAAAUGGACUGCAUUUUGCAAUUUGAAACUAUAAAUUCUGGCUCAUCUGAAAAAACACUUGUGUGUAUGGGGAAAAACUGAUGGCACAUACGUCGUUUUUAAACCGGGCUAGAAUUGAUAGCUCCUAAUUGCAAAAUGAAGUCCAAAUGUGGUAUAUUCGAGGUUUAGAUUCCCUUUGAAGAUCUCCAGUAAGAGUGUGCUGCAUAGGAAAGAAGAAAUGACAUGCUUAGCAGCACAAAUAAACAAAAUUCCGAAUUUUACACUUUACUUCAUUGUAAGCGUUCAAUUUUUGGUUUUCCUAUUUUUGUAUUGUGAUGUUUAGUCAUUUUGUUUAUAACUAUUAAUUUUUUCAACUAUUUAUAUAUAAAGUCAAAUUAAGUACUUACUAUUACAAUUAUCGAUUUUAUGUAUAUGUGAUUGAAACUAGAAACAUUGAAAGCAUUCUAUGUAUGUAUAAUAUUUGUACAUAUGAUUUGACGUGUAAUUUAAUGGUUACUAUGCUUUUAUACAUAUUAGAUAGGUAAUAAAUUCAUUUGUAAUAAUUAUUUUUGAAA